AUGACGGUCGAGCGCUUUGCCGGCGAGCCGGCGCCUCUGCGGGCUGGCCUGCUGCCGGCCCCGGGCUCCCCCUGCCAGCCGACAGCGGCCGACUCCUGGUCGGUGGCCGGGCAUGCCUGGCGCUGUGAUCGGUGCGGGUCCCCCUGUCUCGGGCCCGGUGGGGAGCUUCUCCCCUCGCCGGAGCCGGCGGCGGUCCUGGCCCUGGAGACCGGCUCGGAACGUGCCACAGUCACCACCAAGCUGCGCCUCCUCCGGGCCCGGUGCCGCCAGAAGAUCGAUCGCAAACUGCGCGGCAUCAGCACCUCGGUGCCGGCCGGGCCCCUCACCGGCGACGAGCUCCUCCUCUCGGCGGCGGGGGCCAACAGUCCGCCGGCCGGUCCGGGGGCCAGCCCCGCCUCGCCGGCCAGCGCCUGGCCCCUGCUGCUUGCCACCUCCACCCGGCCCUCGUCGCCCUUCCUGCCGCCCUGCACCCUGCACGGGGCGGAGGUGGCCGGCCCCGCGCUGGCGGCGUCGACCGAGUCGCGCCCCUGUCCCUCGCCGGCUUUUGGAGCCGAGGCUUCAGUCACAGUGUUGUCCUGCCCGCCCCUGGCCUUGGUGGCCCCGCCGACCGCUCAUCCGCGUCCUCGGCUUCUCCCGGCGAUCCUCCCCCCGGUGUUGCUCAGUCAGUCGCAGCCCCGUCCGGCCGCUUCUUUGACCGAUCUCAGCGACCUCGCACAGUCUUUCGGCUUCACCCUCGACACCCCCGCCGCCGGCCCCGGCCGCCACCGCCGCCGCUGCCCCAGCGCCCCGCUUCCACCGUCGCCGCCGCCGCCGCCGCCGCCGCCGCCGCCGGCGCACGCUGAUGAGCCGGGCCCAGUGGCCGCCGAACUCGGCCCCCAACAGUCCUCCCCCCCCCUCUGGGCCAGUUCCCCCUCCCCGGCCGGCACCUGCGACCUAGAGCCUCGGCCCCUUCCACCGGCGCUUCUGCUCCCCUCGGGCCCGUCGCCCCCGGCCGCCGCCGCCGCCGCCGCCGCCGCCGCCGCCUCCUGUGCCUGCUUCUCCCCGAGCCGGCAGUGCCCGACCGCCACCCUCCAAGCCUCCUUCCUCUGGACGCCGGUCAUCUGCGCCGAGUGCCUGUCCAUCCUCCGGUCCUCGGUCGACGACCCGGUCGAUCACCAGCAGCAGCAACACCAGCGCCCCUCGCCGGUGGCCGUGGCUUCCCCUUGUUCCGGGGAGUCCUCCUGUUCUCCGUCCUCUCCGCCCUCCCCGCCGGCUUCCUCCUCCCCGGGCCCGCCGCUCUUUCCGCUGCUGCGCCAGCGGCUGCCCCUGAUCUCGCACAUCCGUCGGCGAUCGGCCAAGUUUGCCCCUCUCGCCUUCACUUCGCCGGCGACCAGCGCGGCGACCUCCCUGCUAGGCAGUCCCCCGGUUACCCCCUCGUUGCGGGCUUCGCCGGUUCUCUCGCCCUUGGCAUCGUCGAGCGUCUGCCCCUCGGUCGCCCGGUCGCCCCUCUUCACGCCGGAGCAUCUUACCCCGCCGCAGGCGCGCCACCACCCCGCGCCGCCGUCACCGCCGCCCUCCCCGCCACCGCCGCUCUUCCUGGCUCCCCCGGUUACCCCCUCGUUGCGGGCUUCGCCGGUUCUCUCGCCCUUGGCAUCGUCGAGCGUCUGCCCCUCGGUCGCCCGGUCGCCCCUCUUCACGCCGGAGCAUCUUACCCCGCCGCAGGCGCGCCACCACCCCGCGCCGCCGUCACCGCCGCCCUCCCCGCCACCGCCGCUCUUCCUGGCGUGGGCUGCUCCUCCCCUAGCGGCGUCACCCUCCCCGUCGUCGUCGUCGUCGUCGUCGUCGUCGUCGUCGUCGUCGUCGUCGUCGUCAGCCCCCGGCCCUGCGUGUGCCUCCCCGCCGCCCGGCCGUAGCCCCCUUCCUGCCACGUCGCCCCUCGCGGCCGUAGCAGCCCCCCCCCUCGUCGCAACCAUGCACCACAAUGCCCGGCACUUCCGCGAGGGCAGCGACUCGUCCACCAUCGCCCAGACCGGGGCCGGCGGCGGGUCGUCCUCCGGCGGUGGGUCCUCCGCCGGCGGCGGGUCUUCCACCUCGCCGACGCCGCACAUUCUCCACCCCCCGGGCAUGCACAAGAGCGGCCCGGAUGCCGAGCCGGAUGCCACGCUCACCGGGCCGUCGGCCUCCAGCCGCCGGUCCAGCAAGAAGCCGGCCGAUUUCGUGCACAUUCCCCUGAAGGAUCUCCAGAUCCUGGACAACAUCGGGUCCGGCUCCAUCGGCCACGUGUACCGUGCCAAGUACCGGGACCGGCUGGUGGCCGUGAAGUUCGUCAACUACGAGCAAAAGAAGGAGUUCGAGACCGAGCUGCAGUACCUGAGCGGGGUGACGCACUGCAACAUUGUCCGGCUCUUCGGCGCCAGCAUUGCCCCGCCGCGCUUCCACAUGGUCAUGGAGCUCGGCGUGACGAACCUCUACAAGUACAUCCGCGAGAAUGACUACGGCCUGCGCGACGUCUUCAAGUGGAGCAUGCAGCUGGUGGAGGGCAUGAGUUACCUCCAUAAUCGGAAUAUCCUGCACCGGGACCUGAAAACGGCCAAUGUCCUGCUGGAUGAGCAGCUUCGCGUGAAGAUCUGCGAUUUCGGCACCAGCCGCGGCUUCCAGGUGCCGCGGCAGCAAAUGCUGACCAUGACCUUCGUCGGCACCAUCGGGUACAUGGCGCCGGAGCUCCUGCGCGAGGAGCAGGUCAAUCAAAGCAUCGACGUGUACUCCUUCGGUGUGGUGGUGUGGGAGCUGCUCACCGGCAAGGCCCCCUUCGAUGGGAUGCGCCAUGUGCAGGUCAUUUGGCUGGUGGCCGGCGAGGGCAAGCGCCCGCCGGUGCCGGCCGACACGCCGCCCUUCUUCCGCAGCCUCAUGGAGGAUGCCUGGCACCAGGACCCGGCCCAGCGGCCCUCCUUCCGGGACCUGCUCAACCGGUGCAUCCUGCACGUGGAGCACAUGGCCGAGGAGUAUGAGCGUGAGGCCAUGGCCGAGGCGGCCGAAGUGGAGGCCGCCAUCCGGGCGGAGAAGUCCCGCAAGGAGCUGACCGCCCGCGAGUCGGGCGGGGUCUAUGUCAAGGCCAGCUCCGCCGGGACCGGGGCCAUCAGCGCGGUCAGCCGCCUGGCCGCCUCGUCGGCCACGCGGCUGCGUGCCCUGUCGGCCUCCUCCUUCUCGUCUUCCUCUUCGUCCUCCUCGUCCGGGUCGCCGAAUCCCCUGCCGGCGGCCUCGUCGCCGCUGGUGCCGGAGCCAGCCCGGUCGACCGUCACCACGACGGUCCCCCUGUCCGGCGGCCCGGGGUCCACCAUCACCACCGGGUCCUCGUCGGCCACCUCCCCGCCGCCGAUGACCCUGCGGCAAAAGCAGAAGGUCUGGGACAAGACCAUUCGCCAGACGCUGGAUGCCUAUUCCAAGGCCGGGGUCAACCAGAAUGUCCACAAAUUCGGGGCCUUCGAGUCCCGGCUGCAGGAGCUCGUCCAGCAUGAGGAGGCUCUGCAGGGCGGGGGGCCCGGUGCGCCUGGCCCGGUGGCGGCCGGCGUGGCCGCCGCCGCCGCCGCCUCCCCCACGCGGGCCCCCUCCACCGGGUCCUCGGCGCCGAAGCCGCCGCCGCUGAUUUUGCCGACGCAGAAUGACGCGAUCUUGUCGCCGUCGGCCCCGGCGUCGGCCGGGCCGGGGUCCGCCUCGGCCGUGGCCCCGGCCAGCGCCGGCGGCGGCCCCCUCGGCAGUGCUUCCUCCUGUCCGCAGUCGCCCCCGACGCCGAGCUCCUCCUCGGGGGGUCUCCUGCUGGCGGCCAUUGGGGAUCUGGCCGCGGCGUCGGCGGCCGCGGCCGAGGCCGGGUCUCCGGGGCCCGCCUCCCCCGGGGGAGGCGGGGGCCUGAGCCGCGCGCAUGCCCCCCCUCGGUCUCCGCUUCGGGUGUCCACCUCGCCGCCGGUGGGCAGCCUGGCGGCCACCAGCUUCACGCCGCCUUCGCCGCUGUACUUCGCCGGGGGCCCGGCCGGGGCCGGUGGCGGCCCGCACGCCGCCAGCCAGGCCGCCCUGCUUGCCCACCACCACCACCACCAUCUGCAUCACAUGCACCACCAGGGGGUGCCAUCGCCGAUCCAGGUCCACCUGCCGCCGAUGCUCUCGGUCCACGGGCAGCACCUCCGCCAUGGGCAGCCGCUCUACCAUUACCCGUACAUGGACCCGUCGAUGGCGGCGGCGGCGGCGGCCGCGGCGGCGGCCGCGGCCGCGGCUGCUGCCUCCUCCCCGCACCCGGGCUUCAGCGUUACGCCGGGCGCCGGCAGCGAGGCCGGCGGCCAGGGGAUCCUGUCGCCGGCCACUUCCGGGCUGGAUUUGGUCCACGGCGGCCCGGCCGGGUCCACCUCCUGCCCGGACACCCUGGCCGCCGGGUCCGCCUCGUCGUCCUCGCUGAAUGCCGGGAAGCCGGCCUCGGCCGAUGCCUCGGGCUCCCUGCUGCCGGACACCGCGCACCUGGCUGCCACGCAUUUGCAGACCCCGUACGGGCUGGUGCGGCGCGAGUUUUCCGGCUCGACGCCCCUCCUGUCGGCCGGGACACCGACCACGGCCACCGGGCUGAUGCCCUCGCCGCCGUCCUCCAGCGCUGGCGGGGUGGCCCCCCUGCCAUCGCAGCAGCAGCAGCAGCAGCAGCAGCAGCAGCAGCAACACCCCCACAUGCACCUGCUGCACCCGCACGCCCACUCGCACCAGGCGCUGGGCGCCGAGCCCCCGGCCAUGGCCCAGCAUGGGCGCUUCCUCAGCUCGAGCGCGGCCCUCGGCGGCCGGGGUACCGGCACCGGGGCCAGCCACACCCUGGAGCCCAGCCCGACCAUGCUCCCGCCCCUGGCCUCCGGGGGGGCUUCCUCGCCUCAGGUGUCGCCCGGGCCGGGGUCCGCCGGCGGGGCGCCCGCCGGGCACCUGAACUCGGCGGUGUCCAUGUCGGCCCUGCCGGCGGCCCAGCAGCAGCAGCAGCAGCAGCAGGCCCAGGCGGCGGCGGCGGCGGCGGCCGCCGCCGGCCACCAUGGUGGCAGCCACCUGCACCUGGCCUCCCCGCACUCGCCCUAUCCCAUGGUGUCCUACCAUCCCCAGGCGACGGCCAUGUACCAGGGCGGCCAGCCGGUGCUCCUGCAUCACCCCUUCCACGGGUCGCAGAUCCCCUUCUAUGCCUACCACCCGGCCACGUCCAGCGGCGGGGUGGACCCGUACUACGCCGGGGCGCAGCCGGGGGCCGGGCCCGGGGCCGGGACCGCCCCGCCGCCGCCGCCGCCCCAUGCUCGCGCCUACCUCGAUGGGUAUUACACCGGGAACCCGUACCACCACCAUGCGGCUGCGGCGGCGGCUGCGGCGGCGGCGGCGGCUGCGGCGGCCGCCGGGCACCCCCACGCCCAGCUCCUCGGCAUGCACCCCUCCUCCUCGACGCCGGCGCUGUCUUCCGCCUCGUCGACGGCGCUGCUGUCGCCCGGCAGCGGGACCGACCUCUCCUCGGACUUGGACGCGCAGCUGCGUCUUCAUGAGCGGCAAUCCCUCGGGCCGGACUUCUUCUCGGGGACGCCUCAGGAUGCGGGCCGGCCGCCGUUGCCGCCGGCCGCGGCCACCGGGGUCGACCCGGCCACCGGGGCCGGGGCCGGCUCCCUGGCCGAGGAGGGCGAGGAGGGCGGCCCGUCGGAUGAGGACGCGGCCGGGGGCGCGGCCCAGCUCCGCCGGUCGCACAGCUGCCCCUCUUCGCAGCGCGUGGCCAUGUCGCUGACGCGCGCACGGAACCGCGCCAAUCUGCAGGCCCAGCAGGCGGCCGCGCAGCAGGCGGCCGCGCAGUCGGCCCAGGCCCAGCAGGCGGCCCAGGCCCAGCAGGCGGCCCAGGCCCAGCAGGUGGCCCAAAUUCAGCAGCUCCAGGCGGCCCAGAUCCUGCAGCUCCAGCAGCAGGCGGCCGCCCAGCAUAUGGUCCUCCUGCCGCCGCACCUGCAGGCCCAUGGGCACCUCCUGGGGGCCGGGGCCGGGGCCGGGGCCGGCGGGUAUCCCGGGCAAGCGCCGGGCACCCCGUCCGGGACCACCGCGCCCUCGCUGGCCGGCACCGGCGGCGGGGCGUCCGGCGGCUCCGGGGCCGGAGGAGCCGCCGGGGGGGCCCCCCCGCCGGGGGCGGCCGGCCUCCGCCACGCCACCUCGGUCUACCCGCUCUACCACCACCCCCACCACCCGCAUGCGAUGCAUCUGCGCGGGGCCUAUGGCCAGCCGUACUACAUCUCGUACCAGAGCUCGCCGUCCCCCUCGUCGGACCCGGCUCUGUUGGCCACCGGUGGUGGUGGUAGUGGCGGCGGCGGCGGCGGCCAGCAUCCCGGCAUGGCGGUCACCUCGGUGUCCACCCCCGGGGCGGACAUGGCGCCGCCGACCCCCUACUCGCAUCAUCUGCCGCCGGAGCUGAUGAUGCUGCCGCCCGGGCACCCGGCGGCGGCGGCGGCGACGGCCAUGGCCAUGGCCUCGCACUAUCACCCGGGCGCCGGGCCGGCCGUCGGCGGGUCCUUCGACUCGCUGCACACCAUCAGCCCGGCGGAUGCGGAGUCGGCGGCGGCCAUGGCGGCGGCUGCCACGGCGGCCACGGCGGCCACGGCGGCCACGGCGGCAACCCCCGCCCCCGCUGCGGCAGCCCCCGCCGCCACCGGGGACGCCCCCCCACCGACCACCUCCACGGCGGUGGCCGGCGCACGCCACCGCUCGGCCACCUUCUCGACGGUCGGCGCGGCCAGCGGGAACUCGCUAUCACCGCCGGAGGUGGCGACCGCCGGCGGGUCGGCCAUGCUGGCCGGCGGCCCGGCCUCCGCCGGUGGUCCCGGGCGCCAUGGUGCCGGGGCCGGCCUCCUCCCCCACUCGGCCGCCUCGCUCGGGUACAAGUCGGUCCCCUCAUCGCCGCUGGACCCGCCAACCUCGCCCCCCACGCCGCAAGUGGCCACCCCGGCCGAGGCGGGGCCCUCCUCUUCAAAUAUCGCCUCCUCCUGCUCCUCCGGCGGCGGCCUCUCUCCCUCCACGACGGCGGCAGUUCCCCCGAGUGGCAGUGGAGACGGCCCGAAGGGGACAUCUGUCCCGAUCUCCGGCACGUCGCUCCGCGUCUCGCCCUCCUUCCGCCAGCGCCACCGGAAUGUGAAUGCCGUGGCGGCGGCGGCCGUCGCGCUGGCCCUUUCCACCUCGGCCACCAUUCCCUCGCCGUCGACCGCCUCGCCGACGGAGAUCCCCUCCACGCCGGCCGCCUCGUCGGCCGGUGCCCCGCCCUCGUAA